UUUUUAUUCACAAAAAUGAUUUGAAAACUGUGAGCCAUGAAUCUUCGGGGAUUUUUUCAAGAUUUCAACCCCAGUAAAUUCCUCAUUUACGCGUGUCUGCUGCUGUUCUCCGUGCUGCUGUCACUGCGUUUGGAUGGAAUUAUACAGUGGAGCUACUGGGCUGUUUUUGCCCCGAUUUGGCUGUGGAAACUCAUGGUCAUUAUUGGGGCGUCGGUGGGCACGGGAGUUUGGGCCCAUAACCCACAAUACAGGGCUGAGGGUGAGACAUGCGUGGAGUUUAAGGCCAUGCUGAUCGCAGUGGGCAUCCACCUGCUCUUGCUGACGUUUGAAGUGCUGGUGUGUGACCGCGUGGAGAGAGGCACCCAUUUCUGGCUCCUGGUCUUCAUGCCCCUCUUCUUCGUCUCGCCCGUUUCCGUGGCGGCGUGCGUGUGGGGCUUCCGGCACGACCGGUCCCUGGAGCUGGAGAUCCUCUGCUCUGUGAACAUUUUGCAGUUUAUCUUCAUAGCGCUGAGGUUGGAUAAGAUCAUCAGCUGGCCUUGGCUGGUGGUUUGUGUCCCUCUCUGGAUUCUCAUGUCCUUCCUCUGUCUGGUCGUGCUUUAUUAUAUUGUCUGGUCCGUGCUCUUCCUGCGCUCUAUGGACGUCAUCGCCGAGCAACGGCGCACGCACAUCACCAUGGCGAUAAGCUGGAUGACCAUAGUUGUGCCUCUGCUCACCUUUGAGAUCUUGCUGGUGCAUAAACUGGAUGGCCACUAUAAUUCCAACUACGUCCCUGUGUUUGUGCCUCUCUGGGUUUCCUUGGUGACGUUAAUGGCAACCACGUUUGGCCAGAAAGGAGGCAACCACUGGUGGUUUGGCAUCCGUAAGGACUUUUGCCAGUUCCUGUUGGAGCUUUUCCCUUUCCUGCGGGAGUACGGGAACAUUUCCUACGAUUUGCACCACGAGGACUCGGAAGCGUCGGAAGAGAUGCCCACGUACGAGGCCCCGAAAAUCGCUCCCAUGUUCCGCAAGAAGACUGGUGUUGUUAUAACGCAAAGCCCGGGAAAGUACUUUGUCCCGCCACCAAAACUGUGCAUCGACAUGCCAGACUAAAGACUGAUUCUCUAUUCUGUGUGUUUCUGUGUGAGAAAUCAC